AUGUUGCUUGCCUUUCUUUUUAACCCAUACUUCGUUGUCGGUGCCCUCGUUACCUACUUUUAUAUUGCACCAUAUCUCCGCUUGUGGUAUCUACGCGACAUCCCCUCACCAUUCCCAGCUUCAAUCUCCAAUCUCUGGCUGCUAUAUCAAGCCCGCAAGGGAACAAGAUACCUAGCUGUGAACGAUGCCCAUAAGAAAUAUGGGACUCUCGUUAGAAUCCAACCGAAUCAUGUUUCGGUUGCUGAUGCAGAUGCUAUCACGGCCAUCUAUGGCCAUGGAAACGGGUUUUUGAAAGCUGAGUAUUAUGACGCCUUUGUCUCCAUUCGCCGCGGCGUUUUUAACACAAGAAGCCGCGCGGAGCAUACACGCAAAAGGAAGACGAUUUCCCAUACUUUCAGUGCAAAGUCUGUGGGCCAAUUCGAGCAAUACAUUCACGCAAAUCUGGAGCUUUUUGUGCUGCAAUUGUCGCAAAUAUCGAGCUUACAGCGAAAUCCAAAAUCAGGGUUUGCAUCCAUUGAUGCUCUGAACUGGUUUAACUACCUGGCCUUCGAUAUCAUUGGAGAUUUAGCAUUUGGAGCCCCAUUUGGUAUGCUUGCGAAAGGAAGGGAUGUCGCAGAGAUGAAAAAAUCUCCAGACGCUCCCGCAUCGUACGUUCCCGCUAUCCAAGUUCUCAACCGCCGUGGUGAGGUGUCUGCAACUCUAGGCUGCUUUCCUGCGUUGAAACCUUUUGCCAAAUACCUGCCAGAUCGUUUUUUUCGCGAUGGCUUAGAAGCAGUGGAGAAUCUGGCUGGUAUUGCUGUGGCACGGGUAGCGGAGCGUCUUCGCCCCGAGGUGAUGGCAUCGAACACUAGAGUAGACCUCCUCUCCCGUCUUAUGGAAGGACGGGAUGAAACGGGUGCAAAAUUGGGUCGUGAAGAGCUUACAGCGGAAGCCUUAACCCAACUUAUCGCAGGCUCAGAUACGACUUCGAAUACUUCCUGUGCCCUUCUCUAUUGGGUUUUGAGGACUCCUGGUGUUGUUAAAAGACUACAAGAAGUCCUAGACUUGGCGAUUCCUGCACAUAUUGAAGUACCAUCCCUACAAUGGGUCAUUCUGGAGACAAUGCGCAUCCACAGCACAUCGUCGCUUGGCCUUCCUCGAGAAAUCCCUCCAAAUUCACCACCAGUCGUCAUCAAAGGCCACACCUUCCAUCCAGGAGCUAUCCUAUCAGUUCCUUCAUAUACCAUCCACCACUCUCCAGAGAUAUGGGGACCGGAUGUAGAUAACUUCGUUCCCACUCGAUGGGAUCCCGCUCGACUUACUUCCAAACAGAAGGCUGCAUUCAUUCCCUUCAGCUAUGGCCCCAGAGCAUGUGUAGGGAGAAAUGUUGCGGAAAUGGAGCUGCAUUGUAUCACCGCGACUGUUUUCAAAAAUUUUGAGUUUCAGCUGGAACAAGAUGGUCCUAUGGAGACUUCAGAAGGUUUUUUGAGAAAGCCACUGGGGCUUCAGGUAGGGAUUAAAAGGCGGCAGGUGAACACGUGA